CCUGACUGACCAGUACAUCAUUCAAUACCUUCUUCUUUCCGAGGUUCUCACAUUCACCAAUCUCAGUGCUAAAUCACUUGCGUCCCUCUAAAAAGAAGGGCAGGGAUGGUAGCAUAGCAUCAUAGACACAGGGCUAGAGUUGAUCAAUGAGCUAUCUUGCAAGGGACUUGAUUGCCAACCACGAAAAAAGAUUAUCCAUAGCGAAGAAGAAAAAAAAGAGCAACUUUUCUGUACUUCCAACCCUCAACCAUUCAUCUAUUCCCUACCUUACCUACACUUCUAUCUAAUUCAUACAAACUAUUUCUAUCUCGUCUAAGCCAUCAAUUACCCUUUUUCUACUCAUUGGCGUGAAGCUCGCUGACGUGAGGUCCCAUGAUCUUGCUACGAAAUGCAACAUCUAUGUAUUAGUUUUUAAUACCGUAUUCCAACAUCUUUCUGUACAUACCCAUGCUCUACCUACCCAUACUUGCUCACCAUAGCAAACGAUCUCCAAACCAUAAUAUAUACAAAGGAAACCUCGGAACUUGGGAGUGGUACCAUCACAUAGACAUAGGUACCUAAGUAUUCGUACACGCAGAUUCACUGUUGUGCCAAAUACAUUACCUUUAUCUCCCAGUCACAACUCGCAACUCACAAAUCACGACUCACGACUCAGGACUCACUCAAUUCACAACAACUUAAAUAUCUAAUCUUCUAAUAAUAUUUCCCGCGCGCCCGGACGUAACUCGAUACAUUUUCAUCCUGGUCUUGAGUUUCUCAUUUGUGCACUAUUCCGUGUUGGAACAUCAUUGCUUGAACGAAUUCUUGUAAACGUGCGACAUCAAUCGACUCGCUCAAAUCAUUUCGAAACUCUGAACCUAGUAGCAGCGACAGACGCCACCAAAAAUUGCAGAGGAUUGACGACCCUUUUCCGUUGUAUAUAUCCCCACAACCAAUUGGUGCUCAGUCUAGAGUCCAAAACGUCUCGGCAUAUGAAUACAUAGCGAGCUUGAGGGAGUGUCAGCAGCCGACAAGCCUACCUGGCCAUGUCACAACUUUCGCAACAGGCCGAAAGACCUUUUGAUACGCAACUCCAGUACCUGCCACAGGAAAGCCCCACAGCUGGUCGCACUCAACUUCUUCAGUCAGCAAACCACUCUUCGCCUGUCUUGGAAACGCGCAAUAGGUAAGCUACCUCUCUCCAAUGUUGACCAGCUUCUCGUUACGGGCACUUACAUGCUUGUCCUAGGUCCCUGCACAAGGCUGCUCCUAGUCCUCUACAAACAAGUACUACUCCUACAUCAACUUUAAGCAGUGUCACUCCGACCAGAACCACAUUCCCUAUGAAAGGUUCUGACGAUCGACAUCCACUCAUAAGCACGAAAUCAAGUCAGAGCCCUCUGGAGGAGCCUCGAUCGCCAAAAGAGCGCCUUGAUGAUUUACUAGCGACCGAGAAGAACUUCUAUACUUCUGAACAAACUGUCAGACCACCGCAAACACCAGGCUAUACGAGGUAUUUAUUCAUUUCAUGUGUAUGAACAGUUUACUCAUUCCCAACAGAUACGGCAGACCAUUACAAGAAGCGAAUUCGAAUGCCCCGAUACGAAGUGUCUCUGAUCCUGUCCUGGCAAACGUAGGUUCGACCUCACCUACCAGUAAACCACCCACGAUGGCGUCUACCACAGCUGCCCAUCGUGUCGAGAUGGGUCGAACACCUCCCCGCACUUCCUCAAUUGAUUCCGCUAUUUCAUCAAUAUCGAGUAGUGGACAUUCACACAAGAAUUCGCAGGACUCUAAAGGCUCGAGUGCACCAUUUGAUGUUGCACAACUCAUUCAAGCGGCAGGAUCAUCAGAGGCCGCUAUACAAUAUUUGAUCAAGGAAAAGCAAUCACAAACCGCGCAGAAUUCGCAAUUAUGGCGUUUGGUGGAUAAACAAAGAGCUAUGAUUUUGGGCUUAAACAAGGAUCUUGAGCGCGCUCUCAAAGAUAAGGAACGAUAUAGGAAAAAGCUGAAGGAAAAUAUCAUACAGCAUGCGGCUCCUUCACCCGUAGAUUCGACACAAGGUCCAACGUCCGAAUCAGGAUCCAUGACUUCGGAAUCAAGGAUUGUCGAGAUCUCAGCUCAAAAGAGUAUUGAUGGUCAUUUGAAGUCUGAUGGAUCAAAGGAUGGUUCCCAGGCACAACACUCGCCUAUAGACUGUGCUUUAGCACCUUAUCCAAUUACCCCUCCAGCAUUAGCAACGACUGCACUGUCUAACAUGGUAGUAGCCGAGCACAAGAUGCCUUCGCCGACUAAACAUGCAUUUCAGCAAUAUAAUCCUGACUCUCCACCUCUCGGAUUUGAGGCAUCUCAACUUCAGCGGAAGAACCAAACGGUUGCUGUUAAUAUGCCAUAUGAUGUAACCGUUCCACCUUCAAGGAAUCUUCCAUCUGAUUCCCCACGGGGUCCGCCUCCGAUCGCACCACCGCCUCCGCCUAUGUCAUCGCAAGGCCCUUCGUUGGCGAUUGUAGAACCAUCGCCAAAGUUUGAUCAUGGAUCCUCCAAAUUUCCACAGCCGAGAAAAGCCCCGCCGGCACCACUUAAUCUUGGCAAAAUGACUGAACCAAGUAAUCAUUUACGUCAGGCUCCGGAGACGAAAGAAGAGUCUGAUUCAGACUAUGACGAUAUAUUGGAAGUUGGUGAGAUCCCAGCGUUUCCUGAAAGAGGUCGGCGAAAGACCAGGGAAGAGGACGAUCGAGUGCGGGAGAUUGCAGCGGUAAAAGAUGCGGAGGCAAGAAGCCUUUCAAAGAAAAGUUCGAAAGGCAGCGUUAAAGGAACACCGAAAUCGAUAUCGACCACUCCAAAGGAACCAGUACCAGCGAUGCCUCUAAGUCCCCGGCCAACAGUCCCAAUUUCACCACCAGAUGCUCAUUUGCGGGCUCUUUCCCCACCAGAUGAGAGUACCGCUUCCUUGGCAGGAAUGUUGAGUGCAUCACGAUCGCCUCCCACCAAGGUCGGGUUAAUGUCGCCUCCAUUGAUGAGCCCCGGUCUACCACAGAGUCCAAGACCAAUGGGUAUGUCUUCGAGGACCAAUUCAGCUCACCCAUCCAUGGCUUCGCCCCCAUUGUCUCCUCGAGGAAUGAACGCUUUCCCGGGUGCUAUUCCAUUGUCGCCACGAGCUCCACGACAGCCUAUUCCUCUUCCUCCUGGUACUCCAAUGUCAAUAGCUUCUCCUCGUGCACCCCGAGCGGAGCCUUUAGUUCUGGUGUCCCCACAGCCAUUGGUGAUUACUAAGAGAUCAGAGGAAACUCUCAACACUCUCAGAUCUGAAGAAACCCUCGUGAAUGGCAGUAUUUAUGAGAGACGUCCAAGCGACCCUCCACACCUCAGCCACUCUGGAAAUGUGAUUUACAAAGGCCUUGUUACUGAUGAAUACCCAGAACUGCUUCUCCCGCCGAAUGCUUUGCCUUCCAUAGAUGUGAAGGUGGCAUCAUCACGUCUGAAGCCAUCAAGAGCUAGUCUCAUGUGCCCAGCGAACCUUGAGAGUGAUCCUGUUUUCACUCUCGCAGUAUUUGCAAGGUCGGAUGGCAGAGAGCUAUGGCGCGUGGAGAAAGACUCGGCAUCUUUAGUACAUUUGGACCAAAUUUUGAAACAAUGCCCCACGUUUACAGCCAGGACACCGGACAAAUACCUUUUUAGUGGUCACUCUCCAGCUAAGAUAGAUGCGAGGCGUACCGCACUAGAUAAUUAUCUUGACGAAGUUCUCAACACAGAGCUAGAUACGGAAUCUGCGUUAGAGAUAUGCCGUUAUCUAUCUUCAAAUACAAUGGAGCCACAUGCCGAUGAUCUAACCGCAAGUAGUGAUACAGGUUCCGAAAGUCCUGUGAAGACUGGGCCAGGUGGCAGGCCUCUCAAGAAUGGCUACUUAACCAAGAAAGGUAAAAACUUUGGAGGAUGGAAGGCGAGAUUCUUUGUGUUGGAUGGCCCAGUGUUCAAAUAUUACGAGUCUCCUGGCGGACCACAUCUAGGGAGUAUCAAACUUCAAAGCGCUCAAAUCGGGAAGCAAUCCCAACAAAGUGAACCAUCACCUUCUUCGAGAGCAGACACUGAAGAUGUUGACAAUCAAUAUCGUCAUGCCUUUCUCAUCUUGGAGCCGAAAAGGAAGGAUUCUUCUAGCCUUGUGCGACACGUUUUGUGUGCUGAAAGCGACAAGGAGCGUGAUGAAUGGGUUGAGGCUCUCCUGCGUUACGUUGAUUACAAGGAUGAGGAUGAGCAUAGUCGUUCAAGUCAUAAUCGCUCUGGCUCAAGCGGCUCUCAUCCACACGGAAGAAGAAAGAAUAGUACUCAGGGAAAGCUGGGCGAAGGCAACGAUUCACGUGCUGGUUAUGAUACGACAAAACAAGGUGGUGUAUCCCAUGGACCGAAGUUGAAGAGCUCAGGUACACCUUCACCUCCAUCCCACGCUCACGAGAGGGAACCCAUGUCGUUACCACAGUCCCAAUCGAUGAAAUCGAUUUCUGGUCCAAAGAAUGCCCACUUAAUUCAGGAUGCUGGUUCAUGGGGAAACAAAUCAGGAGUAUCACCCCCAGAUGACAAGAUCAAACAGAAGAAGCGUAGCUUUUUCGGAUUCGGCUCAAGACCAAGACCAUCUGUAGAUUUACCAGACGUAUCACUCAACAUUUCGAGUCAUAAUUUGUCACAGAUGGCAUUCGAGCAGCACGGUCCAAUAAGACCUGUUUUUGGAACCCCUUUGACAGAAGCUGUGAGGUAUAAUCACCCUGCUGAUGUUAAAGUUGAGCUUCCAGCUGUCAUAUAUCGAUGCAUUGAGUACUUGGAUGCGAAGAAUGCUGCAGGCGAAGAAGGAAUUUUUAGAUUGAGUGGAUCUAAUAUUGUCAUCAGACAGCUUCGAGAACGCUUUAAUGUCGAGGGCGAUGUCAACUUGGUGACUGAUGAUCAGUACUAUGACAUACAUGCCGUGGCUUCUCUGUUGAAGUUGUUUUUGAGAGAGUUGCCAAGCACUAUUCUAACCCGCGAGCUUCACCUUGAAUUUCUCGCUGUCACAGAGCUUCACGACAUGAACGAAAAAAUCAGUGCUCUUAACGGUUUGGUGCACAGGUUGCCACGAGCAAAUAAUAUUCUGCUCAGAUAUCUUGCAGGUUUCCUGAUUAACAUCAUCAACCAUUCGGACGUAAAUAAAAUGACUGUUCGAAAUGUCGGUAUUGUGUUUUCGCCAACCCUCAACAUACCAGCUCCUGUGUUUGCACUCUUCUUGCAACAAUAUGAUGCCAUUUUUGAACAGGAGCCUGACGAUCAUGAACAUCGUCCCGUAGAGGUGACAGUAACUGCGCCCACCCUAUCUCCUGAAGAUAUUCGCUCUCCCCGACGCCAAAAGUUCCAACAGGAUCUCCCAACACCCUCUUUCAACCAGCAAUCUUUUGGUCAACAAGGUCCAGGAUUUGCCGGGUUCAGCACAAUGGCUGGGCCUGAGUAUGGUAGUCGAGCCAAUACACUAGGAGUCCCUUCCCAGGAUCAACAAUACUCGACCUCUAAAACGAAGAAGAGAGAAAGUACCAUGUUUAAUAUGGGAAUGGGAUUAGGACAGAAGAAGUCCACCAAUAGAUUGAAGGAAAAUGAUCCUCGUAAGAAAUAAAUCAAUGUCCGCUGAUAACUUGUACUGACGAGAAAUUAUAGGUCUAGCCGAUGAAGAAUCAUUCUUCGAUUAGACGAAUAUUGACCAUUGAUCAACGAAAUAUACACGACUUCGGACAGGUGCCCUAGACGUACUUAUGAUCAUCGAGACCAAUACACAAGCACAACACGACUGUAAUCAUAAUAACGCUCUCGUCUACUUUUCCUUGAACUUUUUCAAGUACAGCAUUAGCAAGCAGGCUUUCAAUACCUUUCGACCUUUUGUAUAUUACCUUGCGUUCACAGGAACAAAAUUAAGAGUACGAACAGUAUCAUCUUCUAUAUACUAUUUUCAAUUCGCAGCAUUAUAGGCAAUGAAUCAACUCGUUUAGAGGAAGGAGAGGAGGUUAUACCCAAACUUUUUUUCUAUAUUACAUUUUGCAUUGGAUGCAUUCUUGAACCGGUUUACAAUGCCACUUUUUUUUCAGUUUUGCAUGUUUCUCAAGCAUUUUCAAGAUAUUUUAUGGAUCAGAUCGACUUUAGCGCGCGUGGAUUUGGGUCUUACGAGGAGUGGGACCUGGGAGUUGGAAGGAUAAUUCAUAUUAUAUGAGGGUAUCAAGGAAGGAAAGAGGGAGGGAAGGGAAAAGAAGAGAACUUAUGAUGGAUUUGG